GGUCGAGGAGCGUCGCUGGUGUAAACAAUGGCUGACGGCGGCCUGAAUUUUCAGCGAAUUUUCACCAAAGUUCAGUCAACUUUGCCACGCUGCAUUGAAGAUGCCGAUGCACUGUCAAUCACAAACAUCUUUUCCACUAAAAUAACUGAGACAACAAAGCAUUGUGUUGAGGCUGCAAUCCGUAACUAUGUAACUAAGAAGGUUAUCGAUGGGGAAGCAACAGACCUGGCCACCAUCACAGCUAUUACAUCAGUAUGCAUAGACUUAGUGCGUCAUGAGCUAAGCCUCCCAACCUUGCCAGUUUUGGUUCUCACCGACUCCUUUGACAUGCUGACUAUCAAGCAAUGCGAGUUACUUUUUUCCUUUGUUGAAAGCAAUGUAGGUGUUUGGAAGGAAGAUACAUUCUUUGCACCAUGCAAGACCAGUGUUCUUCGCAUGUGUAAUGAUCUUUUGCGUCGACUUUCACGUUCGCAAAACACAGUGUUUUGUGGUCGAAUUCUUCUCUUCUUGGCAAGAUUCUUUCCAUUCUCUGAGAGAUCAGGACUAAAUUUGGUAUCAGAGUUUAACCUUGAGAAUGUUACAACCUUUACCAAUGUGGAGACUACGGACAUGGAAGAUGAUGAUGAUGAAGAAAAAGGAGAAGAAACUCGGCUACGGCUAGACUACACAUUAUAUACCAAAUUCUGGUCACUUCAAGAUUUCUUCAGAAACCCAGUUCAAUGCUUUCAAAAGGCACCUUGGAAGAUGUUUACUAUGUAUUGUGGAGAUGUUCUAGAAGCAUUUAAAAGUUUCAAGUUGGAUAAUGUUCAGAGCAGUGGAAGUGGAGGAGCCCAUCUGACCCGUACAUUAUCCGAGCCAACACAUUCAGAAGAUAGUUCCAGCUUGCAAUUCCAAGUGGACCAGUAUUUUGCCAAGUACUUGACAAACCAGAAAUUGCUUGAUCUCCAGUUUUCUGAUGCAAAUUUCCGCCGUUAUGUUCUACUGCAGAUUCUAAUUUUGGCUCAAUACCUCACCUCCAAUAUCAAGUUUAAACAUAUGAAUUCUGCAUCUUCCAGGGAGACAUUAACAGAAGAUCAGUUAGCAUGGGUAAAAAAGACAGAGGAACUUGUGUACACACUCCUCGAAGAGACCCCUCCUGAUGGUCCUGUGUUUGUGAACACUGUCAAGCACAUACUGAAGAGAGAAGUAGUAUGGAGUGAGUGGAAAAAUGAAGGCUGCCCAGAAUUCAAGAAACCAGAGGGUUAUGAAAAAUUAAAGGCAAAACUAAAUGGCAAAGGAGAGGAGGAAAAAGAGGAUGAAGAUUCUAGGUCAACCAAGAAAUUGCGUCAGAAACGAAAAGUAGGAGACAUGAUCCGAGAUGCUGAUUCAAAAAAUAAAUUCUCUAUGGGCAAUGUUGAAAUGUCUCGGCUGUGGAACCUGAACCCAAAUAACCUUGCGGCAUGUAAGAUGCUCGAACGAGAUUUUGUGCCUGCGCUGGAGACGUACUUUACUCCUGCCAUUGAACAACUUAGUCCAAAGUCAGAAUUGAAAGAAAAGGAUAGACUUGUCAAUGACAGUAACUUUGGAUGGCGAGGUUUGCGACUCUUGGCCUGCCGCUCACCCCACUUCUUCACUCACUCAGCUAGUCCUAUUGCCACAUUACCUGAAUAUCUUACCACCAUGAUCAAGAAACUAGCAAAGGAGCUACCUUCGCAGCUUACAGCAGAUAUUAAAGUCGAAGAUGAUGAUGACAAAGAAGAGGAAAAAGUUAUCCCUGUGUUGGAGCAAAAUGAUGGAGUGAAGGAGGAUGAGGAAGAUAUGGAGGAGGAUGGUGAGGAGGAGCGACCUGAGGUCAAGGCCAUCACUGAGGAAGAGCAGAAAGCACUUGCCAAGAACUUGGACAAACUAGGGCAAGAUAAGUGGAAGCUCCUGGCCAAAAAACUAGGUUUUGUAGAUGAUGAGAUUGAAUUCAUCGAGAAGGAUAAAGCAGCCAAGGCGGGCAGUGUGGAGAGCCAGGCAGCAUUUAUGCUGAAAUUGUGGGUGGAAAAUGAAGGUGAUGAAGCCAACAAGGACAGUCUUCUGUAUACCCUUGGUGGCAUGAAGCUGACAGCUAUUGCUGAUGAUGUAUUCACUUGAUACUUUCAGUUUAAAGAGAAGACAAUUCUUCAAAUGAAUAAUUGUAAUUACAAGCGUAUGUUGUCAAAUGUGUCUGCCACAAUAUUCAAGUUUCUUUUACAUUACCAAUAAACUGUUUGUACAAAGAAUAUUUUUUUGAAUUCGUGCAUUUUUUUUACGGCUAUCGUAAUAUCUCCAAAUAUUUAUAUUUUAACUUUAAAUAAAAUUAUGCAAGUUAUAUAAACUAUCUCCUACCUCUG